GCGGGACCGGACCCCGGGCGGGCGCCCACCAACAGCGUCUUGAUGUUCCCCGCGCAGGACGCCCUGCCCCGCGGCGGGCUGAGCCUCAAGGAGGAGCCGCUGCUGCCCGCCGGCCUGGGCUCCGUGCGCUCCUGGAUGCAGGGCGCGGGCAUCCUGGACUCCGGCACCGCGGCGCAGAGUGGUGUGGGCCUGGCCCGAGCACAUUUUGAGAAGCAGCCCCCCUCCAACCUCAGGAAAUCCAACUUCUUCCACUUCGUGCUGGCCAUGUAUGACCGGCAGGGGCAGCCAGUGGAGGUUGAGCGCACGGCAUUCAUCGACUUCGUGGAAAAGGACCGAGAACCUGGAGCAGAAAAGACAAACAAUGGAAUCCAUUACCGUCUCAGGCUGGUAUAUAACAAUGGGCUUCGGACAGAGCAGGACCUCUAUGUACGCCUCAUCGACUCCAUGUCCAAGCAGGCCAUCAUCUACGAAGGGCAGGACAAGAACCCUGAAAUGUGCCGAGUGCUGCUCACCCACGAGAUUAUGUGCAGCCGGUGCUGUGACCGGAAGAGCUGUGGCAACCGGAAUGAGACGCCUUCAGAUCCAGUAAUUAUUGACAGGUUCUUCCUCAAAUUCUUCCUCAAAUGCAACCAGAACUGCCUGAAGAAUGCAGGGAAUCCCCGAGAUAUGCGCCGCUUCCAGGUGGUGGUGUCCACAACGGUGAGUGUGGAUGGACAUGUGCUGGCUGUGUCGGACAACAUGUUCGUGCACAACAAUUCCAAGCACGGGCGCAGGGCCCGCCGACUAGACCCUUCUGAAGCUGCCACCCCCUGCAUCAAGGCCAUCAGCCCCGGGGAGGGCUGGACCACAGGAGGCGCCACUGUCAUUGUCAUCGGCGACAACUUCUUCGAUGGUUUGCAGGUCGUGUUUGGAAACAUGCUCGUGUGGAGCGAGCUCAUCACGCCCCAUGCCAUCCGGGUGCAGACGCCCCCACGACACAUCCCUGGAGUGGUGGAGGUAACUCUCUCCUACAAAUCCAAGCAGUUUUGUAAGGGAGCCCCUGGCCGAUUUAUCUACACAGCUCUGAAUGAGCCCACCAUUGACUACGGCUUCCAGAGGCUACAGAAGGUCAUUCCCAGACACCCUGGUGACCCUGAGAGGCUUCCCAAGGAGGUGCUGCUAAAGCGGGCGGCCGACCUGGCGGAGGCACUGUAUGGCGUGCCCAGCAGUAACCAGGAGCUGCUUCUGAAGCGCGCAGCGGACGUGGCUGAGGCUCUAUACAGCGCUCCCCGGGCCCCCGCUCCGCUCGGACCCCUGGCCCCCGGCCACGCGCACCCGGCCGUCGUGGGCAUCAACGCCUUCAGCAGUCCGCUUGCCCUCGCUGUGGGGGACGCCACGCAGGGCCCCGAGCCGGGCUACGCGCGCAGUUGUAGCAGCGCGUCCCCUCGUGGGUUCGCACCCAGCCCCAGCUCUCAGCAAAGCGGCUACGGAGGCCUCGGAGGCGGGCUCGGCAGCUACGGCGCGCCAGGCGUGGCCGGGCUUGGGGUGCCUGGGUCCCCGAGCUUCCUCAAUGGCUCCACUGCCACCUCGCCCUUUGCCAUCAUGCCCUCUAGCCCCCCACUGGCAGCUGCCUCCUCCAUGUCCCUUCCGGCCGCUGCUCCCACGACCAGCGUCUUCUCCUUCUCACCUGUCAACAUGAUCUCCGCUGUCAAACAAAGGAGCGCCUUCGCACCUGUGCUGCGCCCACCCAGCUCUCCACCCCCGGCCUGCCCCAGAGCCCAUGGAGAGGGGCUUCCAGAUCAGCCUUUUGAGGACUCUGACAAGUUCCAUUCUCCAGCCCGGGGACUUCAAGGCCUGGCAUACUCCUAAUUAUGGUCUACAAGUGGUGCCCCCACUGAGCCCGGACUGGAUAAUCCUUCCAGGAUUGAUACCCAGGCCCUGGAUGAUGGCACAAACAUAUAGGGCCAGUGCUGUGGGCAGAACUCUACCCUGGACCACGUGAGAGAGGAACCCCCUGUGCUCAAGGUCCCCUCAGCCCUGCAGGCUUCUCUCACCUCCCUCAUCUUUUUCUUGGGGCUGCUAGGAGCCCCAGCACUGUGCUGAUGCUCUCAGCAGAAGAGCAUCCCAAGGAGGUGCUGGGAGGCCAGGCCUCCCUCGCUGGUUCCUCUGGAAGAGGUCUAUUUUCCAUGGACCAGGAAUGGGAUGCGAGAGGAGCAUGGGACAGGGACCAUGGGAAAGAGGACAGCUCAGGAAGAGGUGACCUGCAAGGGUCCUGUUUGCACCUGCCCCAUCUCAACUGACUCACCAUCCCAACUUCUCUCCAGUGGAAAGGGUGGUGCCUAGCAUCCUCAGGAGGCCACCCAGGCUCCCAUGGAGCUUCCAGUAGUCGCUGGACCGUGUGGCUGCCCCCAUUCCUUCAAGUCCUGCACACUCAUACUUGCCAUAUCAUGCCUUCUUGUGGGGGCUUCGGCAUGAAGGAUGAAGAAAGGGGGGUACCAGGACUUUUUGUUUGGGGGACUUCCCCCCAUAGCUAUCUCAUGAACUCUGUCCCCACACUCAGGCUGACUCUGGUUGGCCCCAUGAAAUUGUGGCCUCAUAUUCUGCUCUGCUAAGUUCGGAGAAAACAACAAUAAACC